GAAGUAAAAAGGUGAGGGAGGUCCGAUGACGGCAAAAGGAAACCUCCCUGCGGCGGCGGGAUCCGUGGUUGUGCCUUACGGACACGUGGUUGGGAAUGAGAAGUGGAGGGGAUCCGGGCUGGCCCGCAGGCUGCAAGGGAAAACUAAACUCGUCUUUGAAGAUGGCUUGGGACUCGUGGAUUUCCAUCUUUCCAACAGAAUCUGUGUUUUAUAUAUCUCUGAAGCAGAUUUGGUUGCAGGGGAUGAAUUCAAGCGGAGAUUGGUGCGGUUUAGGAAUACCAGCAGCCUUGGUGGAAUUGUGAUUGUUGAGAAGACUCCAAUAAGUGAGCAGUACUUCUCAGCAGUGCAAAAGCUCGUUGUGCUGCAACUUGGAAUGGUGUUGCUUCCUGUGGCAAAUCAAGAAGAAGCUUCUCAACUUAUUACUCAACUUGUCCGUGAACAAAGUAAGGAUCACACCAGUAACCCCUUUCUGCGUAAACAGUGCUCACAGCUGGCUGAGGCGUCAGUGUUUCGGACAGUGCAACAAAUCCCAGGAGUUGGGAAAACGAAAGCUCUGCUUCUACUGCAACAGUUUGGAAGCAUCCACCAGAUUUGUAAUGCAUCUGUCAAAGAACUCGAGCUAGUAGUUGGACCAACAGUGGCACAACAAAUUCAUGCGUUUUUGGGUUCCUGACUUGCGUGUUGUGCUGUUCUUGAAAAACAGGUUGCUUCUGUUUCUUGUGAAUUCUAAAAUUUUAAUGAUAACUUAGUAUGGUAAUUUCUAUAAUCUCGGCAACAACUAGAGGGUGCUGAGUAAUCACCUGGUUUGCUCUCCUCUUUGUAGCUGUUCUGGUCAUUUGGAUAUAAACUUGUACCGUCCUCCUUAGAACUAUGCUCUAUUGUGUAGAAGUUUCAGAUGAAGGUAAUGCUGUCAUACUGCCUUGGGAUUUAUGUAACCAUUACAUUAAGGAACUGGUAAGAGAUCAAUUCACACUGCUGGUGUUAGUAUGUUUUUUUUAGGACCUUUUAAAUUAAAUAUUUCUUGCACUGUA